GCGGAGCGGGCGGCAUGAUCGGGACGGUGCUCUGUUACGUUCUGCUGCCCCUCGCCCGGCUCCUCCGGGCUUUCCAAGAUGCUUUCUUUACAUGUCAAAAGAACGUGCUUCUGGCGAAGAGCCCGGCCACCCAUAUAGACGGUCUCUCUGCUCCUGCCAGCGGCAAGCCGGUUGCAGAGGAGCAGCAAGCCCUGCUGCAGCAGUGGCUGGAGGAAGGAGCUGGCGGGCUACACACCAAUGAUAGUACUUCAGAAUCGGAGAAAGGUUCCGCCGUUUUGGCUGCCGAGUGGCAGGAAGGCUCAGAACUACUCAUGAUGAGCUUAAGUGACCUGAACUUGCCACCACAAUCUGGGGACCAGGAGCAGCAGCAGCAGCAGCAGCAGAAUGAGGUCCAGACUGAACUACCUGCAGGACUCCAGGCGUUUGUAGAAAGCACACUGGCAAACUUACCAGUGGAGGGAAGAGCAGCCCUGGGAGACAAUGCUCUGUGGACAGCUGUAAGGACGCAGGAUGAUCCUCAGAUGGUUGAUGCUGCCCCCCUGUCCACAGAAGUCUGGAUUGAGGACCCUGCUGUCUUAGCCUGGAGUCCUGCACAAGAGACAGAGGUGGUGUCAACAGAGGGAGUUCUGUGGCCUUUCCAGAGCACUGGUCAAUUUCAGCCACUCCCACUAGAGAUACCUUAUCAUGAGAUUUUGUGGAGAGAUUGGGAGGAUCUUUCGGCUCAGGCCUGCAUCCCGGACCUGGGCUCUGAGGGAUUCUUUGAAUUCAGGGUCAUGUCCUACAACAUUCUGUCCCAGGACCUGAUAGAGCAAACCCCUCAUCUUUACAUGCAUUGCCAUCCAGACAUUCUGAACUGGACCUAUCGUUUCACAAAUCUCUUGCAGGAGAUUCAGCACUGGGAUCCGGAUGUUCUCUGUCUCCAAGAAGUUCAAGAAAAUCACUUUUGGGAGCAGCUGGAGCCAGCACUUAUGAUGAUAGGCUUUACCUGCAUCUACAAGCGACGGACAGGACGCAAGACGGAUGGGUGUGCAGUCUGCUACAAACAGAGCAAGUUCCAGUUGAUCAGCGCCAGCCCUGUUGAAUACUUCCGACCUGGCUUGGAUAUCCUCAACAGGGACAAUGUGGGCCUAGUGCUGCUGCUGCAGCCUGUGCUUCCGGAGACCUUGGGAGGCAAGGCAAUCAAGCCCUUAUGUGUGGCAAACACUCAUGUGUUGUACAACCCUCGUCGGGGAGAUAUCAAGCUGGCCCAGAUGGCUCUACUCCUGGCAGAGAUUGACAAGACUGCAAAGAUGGCAGAUGGCAAUUACUGCCCUGUCAUCUUAUGUGGGGACCUUAACUCUGUGCCUGAUUCGCCACUGUACAGAUUCAUCCGGAAUGGCCAGUUGUACUACCAUGGGAUGCCUGCCUGGAAGGUGUCUGGGCAGGAAGAAUUGUGUCAGAACCCACAUCAGCGGAAACUGCUGACUCCUCUCUGGCCUGCUAGCCUGGGUGUAACAGAUGGCUGCCAGUACAUCACUCUUUGCCAAAGCAAGAAGUCAGAUAGGCGCAAAUACAGCCGUGACUUCCUUCUUCAGUUUCGUUACUGUGCUGCUGCCUGCGAGCGGCCUGCAGAUUUGAUCCUUUUGGAAGGUGUGACAGAUGCAAAACCAGACUGUCCUGCACACUGGCCAAAGGAGCUCACUGUUGUGAACAACUCUGAUCCGGAACCGUUUUGUUCAAGGUAUCCAGGUAAUAUUCACCACAACCUCAACCUGACCUCUGUGUACAACCACUUCCUGCCUGAGAGAGGCCGCCCUGAGAUUACAACCAUGCCAAUGGGUGCAGGGGCCACAGUUGAUUACAUCUUCUACUCAGCAAAGCCAGUCAAGAAUCAUCAUGAUGAAUGCCGCAGGAUGUACCAAGAUGGAGCCCUCAAGUUGCUCGGCCGCCUCUCCCUCCUCUCUGAAGACAUCCUUUGGUCUGCAAACGGCCUGCCAAACCCUUUCUGCUCAUCUGAUCACCUCUGUCUUCUGGCCAGCUUUGGCCUCGAGAUCUCUGACUUCUGAUCAUGUGCCAGAACUCCAGGAUUCUCACGAGAGUUAGUCUGAGAAAAUCAUGCUGUUUUUGAAGUUUGCAUCAGCUAACUCAAAAAAAAAAUUCUUUUUUUCUCUCUUCUCUACCCUCACCCUUCCCUGUUUUGGAGAUACCCUUGGCUUUUCUCUCCUGUGCUUUUUCAUGAGGAAAUAUCCACUAGGCUUACCCUGUAAUGCUGCAGUCUAGUCUGAGCUUCACUGCCAGUUUAUGCCUGCCUUUACUCUGGCUGCUACACUAACCUUUCAAAAGGCAUCUUCCAGCAAAUGAUUAGAUGGUCCUUCUCUGCUCGGUGACUAUGCUUAGCCACCAUGAUCUAGAAGGCAGAUCCUAUAGGGCAAAGGCUUUGGCUAGCAGGAUGAGAGCUGAUUUGACCUGAGACUUUCCCUCCCCUCUCCCCUUUUUACAUGCAUUAUUUCCAGAAUAGUUGUGGUGGGGCUGAUUUCAGCAAGCAUGCAAAAUCACUUUUUGGAGGUGCUGCUUCUGCUCUUAACUUCCAGGGACAGGUGCUUGCUGGCUGGCAUGGCCUUCCAACCCCCUUGGAAUCACCUGACCAUACAGAGACGUGUUCUUUUCGGAUUCCACAACAAGAUUGCAUGAACAGCAGAGACAUUUGAAACCCUUCUGCAUUUGUUGCAGAAUUCUUUUUCUCUCAAUCCUUAUUGCAUUCUAUUCUCAGGUCUUCAGAAAGCUUUUGUUACUCUCUGUCUCUUACCCAUCGGGAUGGAAUUUUGUGCCUCAAGUCAGAAGGACGGAUUGGAAAAAAAAUGGUAGAAAAAUGGGAGGAAAGCUGCUUUGUUUACAGCUUGGAAGCCACAGCAUGAAGUCCCUCAGCUGGGCCUGGCCUGGCAGUUGCUGCUCAUUCUCUCUAAUCAUUGGGUUGCAGCUAAAGACUAGUGGUCAAACCUCUAGAUAACCCCACCCAUCUGUUCUUUGGUGCACAGAACCCACAUGAAUUACAUCAGCUGUGUGUGAGCCAUGCUGCAGUGUUUAUCUCAGAAAAGAAAAUGCAUUGGGAAUUUUCAGUAUUUUUAAUGUUUUGUUAACUUUGCAAAAUAAAAUUUUAUAAUUUCAGAACAGUUGUAAACUUAAGCUGCUUGAGAUGGGGUUGUGGAGGGGAGAACACAGGACGAAGCUGUGAAGUGCUUCAUUGGAGUUGUCUGUGGGAGGAGCCCUCUGGUGGAUAGUGCGGGCAAUGCUUAGGAUACAGGCGGCUUCAGUCUCAAAAUAUUUUCUCAGCAAAGCAUCAUCCAAAAAUGACAAAUGCUAUGUGCCUUUCCAAAGAGAUUAUCUCAGUACAACAGCUCCUUAAAAAGGCCCACAGCUCUGCUGGCUGGGGAAUGCUGGAAAUUGUAGGCUUUUUUUCUGGCUAAACAUGUACAAUUGUACCCUUAAUGACUUUGUAACUUAACAGCAGGGGAGGGCAGAAGAUCUACGAGGCCCGCUGGCUCCAAAGAGUUAAUAGUAAUCAUGUUGAAAAGAAAAAAAAACUUUUGUUAACAAAAUUAACCUUUUGUUAAUUGUUCAUGUUUCAGCUUUAGUGCUCAUUACAUGAAAAACGGGCAUUGCUUAGCUACCUGUACAUGUCUUGGGCUUUACAGCUCAGCUGACUGAUAGUUUAUGUUAGAUUAACUGACCAGUAGCAACUCAUAUUUGGAUUAGCUUUGUGUUCAAGGCAGCUUCAUACCAUCUUUUGCAUCUGAUGCCAUCCCUAAAGUUGCACCUGGCUAUAGGUAGUGGACUUUGAUGCUCCAAUAAAAAAAGGCAAAUCUGUGCACCUA